AUGAAGCCUUUCACUCUUGCGACUCUGGCUACGGCCUUGCUUUCUAACCAAGCGACCGCUCUGCCUAAACUUGAUGCUGACACGCCUAUUCCUCUGAACGCUUUCAAGUUUGGUGCUCGUGAUGCGAAGAAUCCUCACCUUGGUGUUGAUCCUGAGCUGAUUCGCAAGUUUGCCUCUCAGGCCCCUACCAACCUGGGCAAGAGGGUUAUCGACUUUGACCCCAAGGAGCAGCUCGUUGAUGUACAUGGCGAGCACGAGUUCAACCCACCCGACUUUGAGGCUGGUGAUGUUCGAGGACUUUGCCCAGGAUUGAACACUCUUGCUAACCAUGGGUACCUCCCUCAUAACGGUGUUGCUACAUUCACCCAGUAUGUCACUGCUGUUGGUAAGGUCUGGGGAAUGGCGCCCGACAUGUCUUCUCUCCUCACCACUUUGGGUGUUGUUCUCGGCGGUAACCUCGUCGCUGUCUCUCAAGGAGGCUGGUCCAAGUACAUGAACAACAAUCUACUUGGCCUCUUUGGAACUCCUCGUGGUCUCAGUGGCUCUCACCCCUUCUUCGAGGUUGAUGGCAGCCCCACUCGAGGUGAUCUCUAUGACCCCAUUGGCGACAACAACGACAUGAACAUGACCUACUUCAUGGAGCUCUACAACCUGCAAAAGGACGCCGAGAACCCCAACUACAGCAUUGAGGUUCUGUACGAGCACAACAAGAACCGCUGGCACCAGACCAUUGCUACCAACCCCUACGCUUGGUUCGGCCCUGCUAGCGGCUGGCUCGUCCGUGCUAGCCCUUACUCUUUCACUGCUCGUCUUGCUGCCAACCGCUCUGCUGAGCAUCCUGACGACGGCAUCCUCGACAAGGAGAUGCUCAAGGCCUUUUUCUCUGUUUACGGACCUGAGGAUAACAUGACCUACGUCGUUGGCCAUGAGCGUAUUCCCGAGAAUUUCUACCGCCGCCGCUACACCGACUAUGGCAUUGCUGCCAACGCCCUUGACAUUGUUACUCACAGUCACCCUGAGGUCCUUAGCAUCGGCGGUAACACCAACGGUGUCAACACCUUUGUCGGAAUCAACUUCGACGACCUUGCUGGUGGAGUCCUCAACGGAAAGAACCUUCUCCAGGGUAACAACCUCGUCUGCUUUGCUCUCAACGCUAUCAAGACCGUCUCCCCCAACGCUUUAUCUUCUCUCUUCGCCACCUUGUCUUCUGUAACUGAUGUCCUCUUCGCUGCUCUUGAGCCUAUCAUGGGAGCUAUGGACUGCCCCGUGUACAAGGACUUGAGUGUCAAUGGCACGAACUGGCUCGACUACAACAAGAAGAUGUACCCUGGUUUCAAGAAGGCUGGUGGCGGCUGGUAA